ACGUCUGAAAGUUAAGGGGGCGGUUGAAAAGUUCAGGUCUACUGGAAACCAGACUAAUCUGGAUCAAUAAGGUCAACAUCAUCUGUGUGGGAUGGUAGCUCAGUCUGACGGAGCUCUGGGGGACAGAGGAAGGCCAGUAUCAGGAUGGAGAAUCAAAGCCCAGACCCUCCUGAACCCAGCUGUGUUUCCAUGCAGAGUGAUCAGUCGAAAGGCGGCGUAUUCAACGUCAAAAUAUCAGCAAGUGGCAGAGGUCAGCUGGAAACAUCAGAGUUCUUCAACGAUCAGUCCAAGGAGCAUCAAACAGACCUGGACUCCAUAUUUAUGCUGCUAGAGGAGAACAUUAUCAUCUUUGUGAAGAAGGAACUGAAGAGAUUUCAGAAGGCUCUGAGUCAGGAUAACCCAGAAUGUCUCGGCGAGGAUGAGGAGGUGUUGGUUGAUGGAUAUGAAGAGCAAAGGAGCAACAGAGAGGUAUUUCUGAAGAUCACAGAGAAUUUCCUGAGGAGAAUGAAGCAGAAUGAGCUGGCUGACCGUCUGUGGAACAAAACUUCUGAACCAAUUUGCCAAGAUAAACAUAAGUCUAAGCUGAAGAAGAAGUUUCAGUGUGUGUUUGAAGGGAUCGCUAAAGCAGGAAAACAAAUCUUUCUGAAUCAAAUCUACACAGAGCUCUACAUCACCGAGGGAGGGACUGGAGAGGUCAACCAUGAACACGAGGUCAGACAGAUCGAAACAACAUCCAGGAAAGCACACAGACCAGAAACAACCAUCAGACAAGAGGACAUCUUUAAAGCUCCACCUGGAAGAGAUAAACCAAUCAGAACAGUGAUGACCAAGGGCGUGGCUGGCAUUGGGAAAACAGUCUUAACACAGAAGUUCACUCUGGACUGGGCUGAAGGCAAAGCCAACCAGGACAUCCAGUUCAUAUUUCCAUUCACUUUCAGAGAGCUGAAUGUGCUGAAAGAGAAAAAGUUCAGCUUGGUGGAGCUCAUUCAUUACUUCUUUACUGAAACCAAAGAAGCAGGACUCUGGAGAUUUGAAGACUUCCAGGUCAUGUUCAUCUUUGACGGUCUGGACGAGUGUCGAAUUCCUCUGGACUUCAUCAAAACUGAAAUCCUAACUGAUGUCACAAAGUCCACCUCAGUGGGUGUGCUGCUGACAAACCUCAUCAGGGGGAACCUGCUUCCAUCUGCUCAACUCUGGAUAACCACACGACCUGCAGCUGCCAGUCAGAUCCCUCCUGAGAGUGUUGACAUGGUGACAGAGGUCAGAGGGUUCACUGACCCUCAGAAGGAGGAGUACCUCAGGAAGAGAUUCAGCGAUGAGGAGCAGGCCAGCAGAAUCAUCUCCCACAUCAAGACAUCCCGAAGCCUCCACAUCAUGUGCCACAUCCCGGUCUUCUGCUGGAUCACUGCUACAGUUCUGGAGGAUCUGCUGAAGACCAGAGAGGGAGGAGAGCUGCCCAAGACCCUGACUGAGAUGUUCAUCCACUUCCUGGUGGUUCAGACCAAACAGAAGAGAAUCAAGUAUGAUGGAGGAGCUGAGACUGAUCCACACUGGAGUCCAGAGAGCAGGGAGAUGAUCGAGUCUCUGGGAAAACUGGCUUUUGAGCAGCUGCAGAAAGGAAACCUGAUCUUCUAUGAACAAGACCUGAUGGAGGGUGGCAUCGAUAUCAGAUCAGCCUCGGUGUACUCAGGAGUGUUCACACAGGUCUUUAGAGAGAAGAGAGGACUGUACCAUGACACGGUGUUCUGCUUCAUCCAUCUGAGUGUUCAGGAGUUUCUGGCUGCUCUUCAUGUCCACCGGACCUUCAUCAACUCUGAAGUCAAUCUGAUGGAAGAUGAACAAACAACAUCCAGGAUUUAUAAAAUAUUUAGAACCAGGCCUAAACUUCGAUAUCUCCAUCAGAGUGCUGUGGACCAGGCCUUAAAGAGCCCAAAUGGACACCUGGACUUGUUCCUCCGUUUCCUCCUGGGUCUGUCACUGACCACCAAUCAGAAUCUCCUACGAGGUCUGCUGACACAAACAGGAAGUGACUCAGAGACCAGUCAGGAAACAGUCCAGUACAUCAAGACAAAGAUCAAUAAGGAUUUGUCUGCAGAGAAGAGCAUCAAUCUGUUCCACUGUCUGAAUGAACUGAAUUAUCGUUCUCUCGUGGAGCAAAUCCAACAGUCCCUGAGAUCAGGACCUCUCUCCACAGAUGAACUGUCCCCUGCUCAGUGGUCAGCUCUGGUCUUCAUCUUACUGUCAUCAGAAAAAGAUCUGGACGUGUUUGACCUGAAGAAAUACUCUGCUUCAGAGGAGGCUCUCCUGAGGCUGCUGCCAGUGGUCAAAUCCUCCAACAAAGCUCUACUGAGUGGCUGUAACCUCUCAGAGAGAAGCUGUGGAACUCUGUCCUCUGUCCUCAGCUCCUCCAGACUGAGAGAGCUGGACCUGAGUAACAACCACCUGCAGGAUUCAGGAGUCGAGCAACUUUGUGGUGAACACAUGGAUCCACUUUCUAAACUGGAAACUCUCAGGCUGAGUGGCUGUGAACUCUCAGAGAGAAGCUGUGGAACUCUGUCCUCAGUCCUCAGCACCCAGUCCUCCAGUCUCAGAGAUCUGGACCUGAGUAACAAUGACCUGCAGGAUUCAGGAGUGACGCUGUUGACUUCUGGACUGGAGAGUCCACACUGCAGACUGGACUCUCUCAGACUGAGUGGCUGUAAACUCUCAGAGAGAAGCUGUGGAGCUCUGUCCUCAGUCCUCAAAUCCUCCAGACUGAGAGAGCUGGACCUGAGUAACAACCACCUGCAAGAUUCAGGAGUUAAACAACUUUGUGGUGGACUUAUGGAUCCACUUUCCACACUGAAAUCUCUCAGGCUGAGUGUCUGUAACCUGUCAGAGAGAAGCUGUGGAGCUCUGUCCUCAGUCCUCAGCUCCCAGUCCUCCAGUCUCAGAGAUCUGGACCUGAGUAACAACGACCUGCAUGAUUCAGGGGUGAAGCUGUUGUCUUCUGGACUGGAGAGUCCACACUGCAGACUGGACUCUCUCAGUCUGUCUGGCUGUUUGGUCUCAGAGGAAGGCUGUUCUUCUCUGGCCUCAGCUCUGAGCUCGUCCUGUCUGACAGAGCUGGACCUGAGCUACAAUCAUCCAGGAGAACCCGGAGAGAAACUACUGUCUGCUCUAAAGGAGGAUCCACUCUGCAGACUGGAGACACUGAGGCUGGACCAUGGUGGACAGCACAGACUGAAACCAGGUCUAAAGAAGUACGCCUGUGAGCUGGAAGUGGACACAAACACAGUGGACAGAAGACUCAAACUGUCUCACAACAACAGAAUGGUGACACUGGAGGUGGAAGAUCAGCCAUAUCCUGAUCAUCCAGACAGAUCUGACUGUUAUCAGCUGCUGUGUCAGACUGGUCUGACUGGUUGCUGUUACUGGGAGGUUGAGUGGAGAGGAUGGGUUCAUGUAUCAGUGAGUUACAAAGGAUACAGUUAUAAAUGUAACUUUGGAUGUAAUGAUCAGUCCUGGAGUUUGAUCUGUUUUGAUUAUGGUGAUUACUAUGUCUGUCACAAUAACAGAGAAACAUUAAUCUCCUCCUCCUUCUCUCCAUCCGUUGGUAGAGUAGGGGUGUAUCUGGACUAUCCUGCUGGCUCUCUGUCCUUCUACAGAGUCUCCUCUGACAGACUGCUCCACCUCUACACCUUCAACACCACAUUCACUGAACCACUCUAUCCUGGGUUUAGGUUAUGGUUAGGUUCAGUGUUUCUGAGGUCUCUGUAGCUCAGACUCUGCUGUCUGAAUCCAAAGCUUAGUCAGACUAGAUGAUUUAUCAUCUCUGAUUAAUCUGAUUGAUUUGAUUCAAAGCUUGUCAGUAAUUCUUCUUCACUAGUUGAUCUUGUAUUGGUGUAUAUAUCACUGUUUAACUGCUCAGCACUCAUUUUUAUAUGAUCAAGUCUGUAGCCGAAGCUCACACUGUAAAAUAGUGCCAAACACAGUGACUUUCUCCAAGAAAAAUAAAAUGUUUGGAUACAGCGUACAAUUGAGCCAUCAUUGUUUUUUGUCCCAUACUGAACCCUGUAGGUACAAAUGGGCCAAAGAGCAGGGUCAGAGAGGAGCCUUCAGUGUUAGGGAGAUAUUAGUGAAAUAAUCAAAGAAAAGAAGAAGAAAUGUCUUCAGACUCAUUGUUACUUAAUGCUGCUCCAGAAAACAGCAGAAAAACGGAUUCAUUCAUCAGAAAUGUGACAGAAUAAUUUCAAUAAUGUGUAGAUUCUUGAUUUUGUAUAUGUUGAUGAUUGGACAGGAAGUGUGCCAGGAUUUAAAAUGCUGGAGACAGUGUGGGAGUCAGGAUGCUAAUCAUUGGCACAGAUUUUGGGAAUUUCCGUCAAUUAAACUCGAUGGAAGAAGAAAUCCUGUUGAGCCGUCUCUCUGUAUUUGAAUGUUCAUUAACAUGAUUACACAUUCCUCUUCAAAGACUGGGAAUACUGAGAGAAGAAAUCUUAAGAGCAGUCAUGACACAUACAAACACAUCUUAAUGUGGAUCUUUGUUUCUUUCUUGUUGCUUGGUAAAAUCACGACUGUCAAUGUUAAAUGCCCCUGAUGAUUCCCUAA